GCGGUCCUAAUUGUAAGACGAUUUAUAGAACUGUUGUUAUUUAUAAAAUUAAACACACAUACAAACACAUUUAACAAUCGGCAACAAAAUAAGAAGUUUUAUAUACAAUGUCAAAAGACAGUAGUGAAACAUAUAAUGAAGCAUGUGCCUCUUCGAGCCAGUCUGUUACGGUACAGAAGAGAAAAACGAAACAGUUAUCAAAGCAAGAUCUAAAAUAUUCCGUUGUCAAAUUUAAUGAAGAAUAUGAAGAAAACGAAACAUAUUCUGUGAUUCCAACCUUCUGGUUAAAAGAUGAUAAAUACACUUAUUGGCCAAAAAAAGACACACGUAAUUCUAUUAUAAAAUGCAAGAAACCACGCAAUGAUUGGAUUCUGUAUCCAAUUACUGUUCUCGCCAAAUAUGAUUCAUANGAACAACCUUUAAAAAAAGAAAAGAGAUUGAUGGAAGACAAAAAUAGUAAUACUGAAUCAGAAAAUUUAGGCCGCGGAUUUAGGAAAAAAAUGAUUCCAAAUCGUUUUGAAAAGGAGAACGAUAAUUAUAGUGAUUCGAGCAAGACUGAUGAAGAAGAAGCCAGCAGUGAUAACGAUUCGAUUCCUGAUAAGACUUUAGAUGAACAAGAUAUUGAUGUCGACCAAAAUGUUAGUGACAGGGAUACACAAAUUCUAAAUAUCGAUGAAAUUCCUGUUAUUAUAGAAACAGAGAACAAUAAUAUUUCUGUGAAUAAUACUAAGCAAACUCUUGAUUCUAUUCUACGUUACGUUAUUGAAAUAAAAAUUUUAUGUACACGAUUAGAUAAUCGUUUACAUAAUUUGGAAAAUGGUAAUCAUGUAAUAAAUAAUCAUAAUAUUGAUAUGAUUCCACAAUUACCAAUGAAUCAAAUUGAAGACAUUAAUAAUUUUGAAGCUAUAUUAGUGGCAGAAGAAGCACAAUCACAAUUGGUCAAUAUGUUGGUUAUGAUUGGUGGUGUUACACCAAAAGACGCAAUGAAAAGAGCAUUGCAAAAAUUGUUUACCAACAAUCUCGCUUCGAAAUGCUCUUGGACCGGAGCAAAAAACAACUUUAAAUUAAGAGAUUUAAAAAUUAUUACUUGCAUAAAAUCUGCUAUAAAAAAAAGUUGUCCUGCCAUUACAGAAGCGGAGUUUGAAGAAAAUUUAAACACUUGGUUCAGACAAGCAAAUCUCCGAUUAAUUCGCGAAAAUGCGAAAGCUAAUGCAGCAAAUAACAUAUAAAUAACUUUUUCUCUCAUUUUUAAAGACUGUAUAUUGCAAUCUGUGAUUUGAUUGACACGUUCACGCGCGCGCGCGCGCGCGCGCACACACAC